UCUAUCAAUGAGGUUAUUUGCCACGGUAUUCCCGAUUCUCGACCUCUUGCCAACGGAGACAUUCUAAAUAUCGACAUCACAACCUACUUCGGAGGUUUCCAUGGUGAUGUGAACGAGACGGUUUUUGUGGGAGAGCCUGAUGACAAAGCGAUCCGUUUAGUGAGGAAUACCUACCGAUGUUUAGCAAAGUCAAUGGAUGCGGGUUAG